AGUAAUUUAAUAUAUAUAUCUGCAACUAACCCCUUGUAAAUAUGUUACCUUAUUUGAUUAAUAUAUGACUAUGAUAUAGCAAUUUACAGAGUUGGUGUGUUGCAAGACACGCGUGUGUAAUAAUAAUUAAUAUUAUCAGUGAACUUCGCUAAAUGUAGGUUGAACCUGUCAUUUGAUUUCCCCGUAAAUUUUCAUAAGCGAAAUUAACCUAUGUUUGAUCCAAGGGAAUGGGUGUAAUGAUUUUUCAACUUCAGAACCCUUCUCUAUAUCCAGAUCUGUGUGGUUAAUAGGUAUAUCUGUUAUAGUAGUUUGGUUCCCUUAGUAUGGGUGAAGAUUGCUUAUGUGCACUACCAAAGAAAAUUACACCACUGAGAAUUUUUCUAUAGGGAAUCAAUGUAGAACCAAUGUAAGGCUAACUAAUAGGAUCAUUAAAUGUAUCAAUUAAGAUGCUACCGUCUAGAUCUAUAUAUUCUCGAUCGUAUAACCUCAAUCAAUCAUCAGUGAGGUAUCUUUUCAAAAAUGCGUCCAAGAAACUAGAGCUUUAUAACCAGAAACAAGAACAAAAGAAGAAAGACAAGAAUGAUAUAGAUCACGAACCUUUCCACCAUGAAUAUUCUAUACGACCAGAUACAUAUGCUUUCAAAGUGAUCAAUGAUAUAGGUAGAAAGUCUUCCAGUUCUAAGGAUGUACAAGAACCUACGUCCCAUCCAUUCCAACGUGAAAGUGUCUACACUUCAAAAAGAGGAGGAUUCAAUUUGAUCGAAUUCAUAUAUCGAUAUACUACCAAUUAUCCAUUUGGUGAUAAAUCUCCUCAAAUGGUCUAUAAUGAAUAUCCUAGAACAAAUUCUGAAACUGCAGCUCGAUUAAAGAUUCGUCCAAAAGGUGUGAAAAUGACAACCGCAAAUUUCAUUGAAGAUUCACUUUAUAAUCCUAAUUAUGGAUACUUUUCUCGAGAAGUCAAUAUCUAUCAACCUGACAAGCCAUUCGAUUAUAAUAAUAUAGAAGAUAUAGAUGAUUUCAUGGAGAACUGGAAUCAAUCAUAUAAGAAAUAUGACAAUUCAUUGGAAUCUGCUCCAAAGCAAUAUCAAAAUAAGAAUACUGGUGUGACUAAAGUUGAUCCUAACGCACCACCACCAUUACCACCCUCGAAAGAUGCUUUAACGUCUAAAUUCGUUCAACGAGCUCAAUUAAUUCAUAAACAAGAUACCGCAGCUGCAAUGGCCUCUAGUAAAGGGGUUAAUAAAACGAGAAGAUCAUUACAAUUAUGGCAUACUCCUACCGAAUUAUUCCAACCUUAUUAUGGUGAAGCUAUUGCCAGACAUAUAUUAGUGAAUUAUAAAUUGAAUGGAAGUUAUCCAUAUGAAGAUUUGAUUAUCUAUGAGAUGGGAGGAGGUAAUGGGACUUUAAUGUGUAAUAUUUUAAAUUUCAUCAGAAAGCAUCAACCGGAUGUUUAUGAUAGAACUCAAUAUAAGAUCAUUGAGAUUUCAAGUCAGUUGGCAUUAAAGCAAGUGAAAAGUGCAUUGAAUAAUAAAUUAAUCAAGAAUGGAUUGGAUACUACUAAAGUUGAAAUCAUCAACAAAUCGAUCUUUAAAUGGGAUAAAGUUAUUCUUGAGCCUUGUUUUUUCCUUGCUUUAGAAGUGUUUGAUAAUUUCGCUCAUGAUGUGGUACGUUAUGAUAAUACCACUGGUGAACCAUAUGAAGGCCAAGUUUUGAUUGAUAAGAAUGGCGAUUUCUUUGAAUUCUUCACUCCUGAAUUAAGUUAUUAUACAAAUGCUUAUUUACAAUUACGUGAACAUGGAGAUUAUUCAGUAUUAAAGGAAUCCAAUAGAUUAGCAGGUAGAUUAGAAACUUUCAAGAGUUUGAUUCCAUUCUUAACUGAUAAAGAUAAAAUCCAUCCUUUAUUACAUUCAUCUUUGAAAUUAAGAUGGCAAAAUUCAUUAUUCCCAUUCAAAGAUAAUCUUACCCCACCCGAAUUUAUUCCAACACGAUUAUUACAAUUCUUUCAAAUUUUAAAACAUAAAUUCCCUAAUCAUUCCUUACUUUGUUCUGAUUUCCAUUACUUACCCAAAGUUAUUAAAGGUAGUUACAAUGGACCUGUAGUUCAAACUGUGGUACAAGAUAAGACUGUUGAUGUCAGUACUUAUAUGUGUCAUCAAGGAUACUUUGAUAUCAUGUUUGCUACCGAUUUUGGGAUUGCUGCUGAUUUAUAUCGUCAAGUAACAGGUAAGAUUCCUAAAGUUGAAUCCCAUAAACAGUAUUUAGAACAAUGGGCUGAUACCGAUGCUACUACCACUAAAGCAGGUGAGAAUCCAAUGUUGGAUUUUUAUAAGAAUGUUAGUUUUAUGCUGAGUUGAUUAUGAGGUAUACACAAUCCCUUUUUGUAAAUAGAUAAAUUAUAGCCCUACAUGUACAAUAUAAAGUCAUACCAGUUUUAAAAGUAAUAAUACACAUAUGUAUUUGAAAAGACUUACUCUAUAAUACAAUAUACACCGUUCAAAAAAAAUG